AUGGGAGCAACGGACAAGAAGGAGCGGGGCAUCCGCAUCGCCAUCGACCGCGGCGGCACCUUCACCGACUGCGUCGGCAACCUCGACGGCGAGGACGUCGUCAUCAAGCUCCUGUCCGAGGACCCGGGCAACUACGACGACGCGCCCCUCGAGGGCAUCCGCCGCAUCAUGUCGCACUUUGGCGGCCGCGAGAUCCCCCGCGGCGAGGCCCUCGACACCUCGCGUAUCGACAGCAUCCGCAUGGGCACCACCGUCGCCACCAACGCCCUGCUCGAGCGCAAGGGCGAGCCCAUCGCCCUGGUCGUGACCAAGGGCUUCCGGGACUGCCUCGUCAUCGGCAACCAGUCGCGGCCGCGCAUCUUCGACCUCGCGAUCCGCAAGCCCGACGUGCUGUACGAGCGCGUCGUCGAGAUCGACGAGCGCGUCACCCUCGAGGACUACGCCGAGGACCCGCGGCGGCACGUCACGAGGGCCGAGGCGGCGCAGGCCGGCUCGGAGGCGGCGCGCCGCAGCGAGCUCGUCGCGGGCCUGUCGGGCGAGGCGGUGCGGGUGCUGCGCCGCCCCGCCGAGGACGAGAUCCGCCGGCAGCUGCGCGAGGUGUACGACGCCGGCGUCCGCAGCGUCGCCGUGUGCCUCAUGCACGCCUACACGUUCCCGGACCACGAGGCCGCCGUGGGCCGGGUCGCGCGCGAGAUGGGCUUCGCGCACGUCUCGCUGAGCUCGGAGCUCAUGCCCAUGAUCAAGCUCGUGCCGCGCGCGACGUCGGUGUGCGCCGACGCCUACCUCACGCCCGCCAUCAAGAAGUACAUCUCGGGCUUCCAGCGCGGGUUCGAGGGCGGGCUGGGCGCGCGCGGCGUCCGGACCGGGGAAGGGAGCCGCGGGGCGCGGUGCGAGUUCAUGCAGAGCGACGGCGGGCUGGUCGACGUCGACAGGUUCACGGGCCUCAAGGCCAUCCUCUCGGGCCCGGCGGGCGGCGUGGUGGGGUACGCCAUCACGUCUUAUGACGACAACACCAGGAUCCCCGUCAUCGGGUUCGAUAUGGGCGGCACGAGCACGGACGUGUCGCGCUACGGGGAGGGGAGGUACGAUCAUACCUUUGAGACGACGACGGCUGGCGUCACGAUCCAGUCGCCGCAGCUGGACAUCAAUACCGUUGCCGCCGGCGGGGGCUCCAUGCUGUUCUUCAGGAACGGCCUAUUCGUCGUCGGUCCCGAGUCCGCGGGGGCGCACCCGGGGCCGGCGUGCUACCGCAAGGGCGGCCCCGCCACCGUCACGGACGCGAACCUGUACCUCGGCCGGCUGCUGCCCGAGUUCUUCCCCAAGAUCUUUGGCAAGAACGAGGACCAAGGGCUCGACGCGGAGGCCAGCAGGAAGGUCCUGCAGGAGCUGGCGGACCGGGUCAACGCUGAGUCCGGCAGGGACAUGUCCGUCGACGAGGUGGCCUACGGCUUCCUCACGGUCGCCAACGAGAGCAUGACGAGGCCGAUCCGGUCGAUCACGGAGGCCAAGGGCCACGACUCGUCCAAGCACCGCCUCGCGACUUUCGGCGGGGCCGGCGGGCAGCACGCCGUCGCCAUUGCUGAGUCCCUGGGCAUCAAGCAGAUCUUGAUCCACCGCUACUCCUCUGUGCUCUCGGCCUACGGCAUGGCGCUCGCCGACGUGGUCGACGAGCGCCAGGAGCCAGAGUCCAAGGUCUGGCAGGACGACGGCGAGGUGGUCGAGGAGCUCCAGGCCAGGAUGGAGAAGCUGCGGGAGAAGUCGCGAGAGGCGCUCCAGGACCAGGGCUUUGAGGAUAAGGAGAUCGUCUUUGAGGAAUACCUCAACAUGAGGUACCGCGGCACCGAGUCGGCGCUGAUGAUUGUCAAGCCGAGCGAGGAGGACGCCAAGGAGCACUUUGACGGCGCGGACUGGGCGUUUGGCAAGGCCUUUGUCAAGCACCACCGCUACGAGUUCGGCUUCACGCUCGACGACAGGGACAUCCUCGUCGAUGACGUGCGGGUGCGCGGUAUCGGCAAGAGUUUCAGAUACGACGAGAAGACGGUCGACGAGCAGCUCAAGGAGGUCCAGAAGAAGGACGUGCCUGCCGAUAGGAAGCACUCUACCGCACAGGUCUACUUCGAGGGAGGUCGCCUAGAGACGCCCAUCUACAAGCUGGAGGAUCUGAGCGUGGGCAUGCAGAUCAAGGGCCCCGCCGUUCUAGCAGACGGCACGCAGACGAUCGUCGUCGCGCCAAAGACAUCUGCCCUCGUCCUCGAGACCCAUGUGAUUAUCGACCUACACGAUGAUAAGAAGAAGGACGGCGACGACGACGACGGAGACACGGACGGCUCCAAGAAGAGAGAAGUCGACCCCAUCCUGCUCAGCGUCUUCGGGCACCGCUUCAUGGCCAUCGCGGAGCAGAUGGGCCGCGCGCUGCAAAAGACGAGCGUCAGCACCAACGUCAAGGAGCGGCUCGACUUCUCGUGCGCCAUCUUCGACUCGGAGGGCGCGCUCGUCGCCAACGCGCCGCACCUGCCCGUGCACCUGGGCUCGAUGGGCACCUGCGUCAAGCGGCAGGCCGAGAUCUGGCGCGGCCGCCUCCGGCGCGGCGACGUCGUCAUCUCGAACCACCCGUCGUACGGCGGCACGCACCUGCCCGACGUGACGCUCAUGAUGCCCGCCUUCGACGCGGCGGGCGACAAGAUCCUCUUCUACGCGGCGUCGCGCGCCCACCACGCCGACAUCGGCGGCAUCACGGCGGGCAGCAUGCCCCCGCACUCGCGCGAGCUGUACCAGGAGGGCGCGGCCGUCAGGAGCGAGAAGCUCGUGUCCGAGGGCAGGUUCGACGAGGAGCUCGUCGUCGAGCUCUUCUACCGCCGGCCGGCGCGGCACCCGGGCUGCAGCGGCACGCGCUGCCUCGCCGACAACAUCAACGACCUGCGGGCGCAGGUGUCGGCCAACCAGAAGGGCAUCUCGCUGAUCGAGGGCCUCAUCGACGAGUACGGCGAGCAGACGGUCGACUUCUACAUGCGCGCCAUCCAGGACAACGCCGAGGCGUGCGUGCGGCGGCUGCUCAAGGGCGUGAGCAGCAAGUUUGAGGGCAAGGACCUGUCGGCUGUGGACUUUAUGGACGACGGGAGCCCGAUCCGGCUGAGGGUCACGAUCGACGCCGACCAGGGGGAGGCGGUGUUUGACUUUGAGGGGACGGGGCCCGAGGUGUACGGGAACGUGAACGCGCCGGAGGCGGUGACUUAUAGUGCGAUCAUCUACUGCCUCCGCUGCCUCAUCUCGGAGGACAUCCCCCUGAACCAGGGCUGCCUCAAGCCCAUCCGGGUCAAGAUCCCGCCCAAGUCGCUGCUCUCGCCCUCGGACCACGCCGCCGUGGUCGGCGGCAACGUGCUGACGAGCCAGCGCGUGACCGACGUCAUCUUCCGCGCCUUCGAGGCCUGCGCCGCCAGCCAGGGCGACUGCAACAACCUCACGUUCGGCUUCGGGGGCAACGUGUCGGGCCAGGACGAGGUGAAAGGGUUCGGGUACUACGAGACCAUCGCCGGCGGCAGCGGCGCCGGCGAGAGCUGGGACGGCACGAGCGGCGUGCACACGCACAUGACCAACACGCGCAUCACGGACGCCGAGGUGUUCGAGCGCCGGUACCCGGUCCUCCUGCGCGAGUUCUCGAUCCGGAAGGGGUCCGGGGGGAAGGGUCAGCACCGGGGCGGGGACGGCGUCGUGCGGGACAUCGAGUUCCGGAUCCCCGUGCAGGCGUCGAUCCUCAGCGAGAGGAGGGUGCACAGGCCCUACGGCCUGGCGGGCGGGGAGCCGGCCGAGUGCGGGCUGAACCUGUGGGUGCGCAAGGUGGAGAAGGCGAGCUGGGAGACGUCCCUGAAGAGGCUGAAGCGGGACGAGGAGAGGAGGAGGAAGAAUGGCGGAGGGGACGGGGACGGGAACAGAGAGGUAGAGGAGGAAGAAGAAGAAGAAGAAGAAAAGGAGUACGAGGAGCGGUUCAUCAACCUGGGUGCCAAGAACAGCGCGCCGAUGAAGGCGGGCGACCGCAUCAUCAUCUGCACGCCCGGCGGCGGCGGCUGGGGCAGGCCUGGGGAGAAGCAGGCGCAUAAGACCAAGGCCGAUCCGCAGCAUGCGUGGAGGAAGGGUUCGCAUGCUGCAAGGGAGGAUGCCGCGCUGCAGGUGUAG